AUAUUCACUCACUUUCCACUUUCUCUUUCACCAAACCAUUAAAUGAGACUUCAUACCUGAAUCUGAAUCGGUUAAAUCCGUUAUUCAAUUCACUUCAAUUCCAAACACGAGCAUCUCGUUUCACCUCCCAAUUCCUAUCCUCACACAAUCAAAACUUCAAUUCUCAACACUCUCAAUUAAUCUUCCAUUAAAAGUUCCAACUGUUCAGGUGAGGCGUUAACCGAAGAAUCGGAUCUAAUUCAGUAUCACUUCUACAUUGCCGUUAGAAGAUUCUGCUUCUUGCUGGCCGGUUAAAAAAAAUAUAUAUAUAAUGCCACAGGAAACCGAUCAUCGUUCGAAUUCUGUGAUAUUAAACACACCUAGCAAGAAUUUCAGAGGACUCAAAGCUCUAAAUUCAUUGACAAAUAAUGGCAAUGAAGAGUUCAUUGAUGAUCGUGAAUUAGCACAGCGAAAAGCCGAAGCAGCAGCGGCAAGGAGGAACGAGGCGGCGGAAUGGCUAAGACAAAUGGACCAUGGUGCGGCGGAGGCUUUGCCGACCGAACCCUCCGAGGAACAUUUCUGUCAGUCCCUUCGCAACGGCCUCAUCCUCUGCAAUGUUCUCAACAAAGUCAACCCUGGUGCAAUCCCAAAGGUGGUGGAAAUUCCGAUUAUUGAGACGGAGGGGGCGGCGCAAACAGCAAUUCAGUAUUUUGAAAACAUGCGGAAUUUUUUAGUUGCUGUUGGGCGAAUGAAGCUUCUUACGUUUGAGGUUUCUGAUCUUGAAAAGGGUGGAUCAUCCGGCAAAGUCGUAGAUUGCAUACUAUGUUUAAAAGGUUAUCACGAGUGGCGGCAAUCAGGCGGGGUUGGCGUAUGGAAAUACGGUGGGACCGUGAGAAUCACAUCCUUCCCAAAAGGAUCACCUUCUUCGUUAAUCGGCAGUGAAAGUGCCGAUGAAUCUUUAGAUGAGUCCGAGUCGUCACAAUUCGAAGAAUUACUAGAGUAUUUACAUCUAUCAAGUGAAGUAGCUCUUGAGGAAUCAAAAGCGUUGACUGCACUCACUUUCCUCUUUGACCAUUUCGCUAUCGGGCUUUUACAAGCUUAUCUCACCGAGACUAACGAACUUGAUGAUUUUCCUUUGAAUACAAUGGUUAUCGAUAUAGUACUCAGGAAGGCGGUUAAAGAUCUUUCGGGACUGCUGAUCUCUCAAGGAAAUCAGCUCGGUAUCUUUUUGAAGAACAUGUUAAAGGGCAAUGGCAAACCGUUACUGAAGCAUGAAUUCGUACAAUCCAUUUCAAAAUAUAUAGACCAAAGAUCCGGUUUUGUAUCGAAUGAUUUCUCGAAGUUUUGCGUAUGUGGUGGCAAGGGUAAAAGCAUGUGGAAUAAUAUUAAUUACUCAUGCGAGAAAACAAAUGUGUUCGAUUUUCAACAAAAACAACUUGAGGAGUUAAAAGCUAGCUUUCAUUUAACAAAACUGGAAGUCCAACAAGCUCAUUUAGCCUGGGAACAAGAACUUAAGAAAAUUGUGCAUCACACUAAGGAUCUUGAAGUAGCAUCUUCUUCAUACCACAAGGUUUUGGAAGAAAACCGACAACUUUACAAUCAAGUUCAAGAUCUAAAAGGAGCAAUAAGAGUAUACUGUAGAGUGAAACCCUUAUCGCAUGAGCAAACCGAUGAACAAUCAACGGUUGAUUAUAUAGGAGAAAAUGGAAAUAUUAUGAUUGUUAAUCGUCAUAAGCAGGGCAAAGAUGCUAGGAAAAUGUUCACUUUCAAUAAGGUUUUUGGAGGGAACACAACUCAAGAGCAAAUAUAUGUAGAUACACAGCCAUUGAUUAGAUCUGUGCUUGAUGGUUAUAAUGUUUGUAUCUUUGCUUAUGGCCAGACUGGAUCAGGGAAGACAUACACAAUGAGUGGCCCUGACAUAACAACAAAGGAAACAUGGGGUGUGAACUACCGGGCCCUACGAGAUCUAUUUCAGUUAACCGAAACAAGGAAGGAUUUUAUAAAAUAUGAAGUUGGGGUUCAAAUGAUUGAAAUAUAUAAUGAACAAGUGAGAGAUCUCUUGGUAGUUGAUGGUUCCCAAAGAAGGUUGGAUAUACGAAAUAAUUCGCAACUGAAUGGUCUCAAUGUUCCUGAUGCAUCUUUAGUGUCUGUUAAAUGCACUCAAGAUGUUCUCGAUUUAAUGAAAAUUGGGCAAAGAAAUCGUGCGGUUGGUGCUACUGCUUUAAAUGAACGAAGUAGCCGUUCACACAGUGUUCUAACCGUUCACAUCCGAGGAAAAGAGCUAGUUUCCGGAUCUACCUUAAAGGGUUGCCUUCAUUUAGUAGAUCUAGCGGGAAGUGAACGUGUGGACAAAUCAGAGGCCACCGGGGACCGCCUAAAAGAAGCUCAACAUAUUAAUAAAUCUCUCUCCGCACUCGGAGAUGUCAUUUCUGCUCUUGCACAAAAGAGCACACACAUUCCUUACCGAAAUAGCAAACUUACUCAAGUAUUACAAGAUUCUUUGGGCGGGCAUGCGAAAACGCUUAUGUUUGUGCAUAUAAAUCCCGAGAGUAAUGCGCUUGGAGAGACAAUUAGCACCCUAAAAUUUGCUGAAAGGGUUGCCUCAAUUGAAUUAGGCGCUGCUAAAUCUAACAAAGAAACCGGUGAAAUCAGAGAGAUGAAAGAAGAGAUAUCCAAUAUGAAGCUGUUGUUGGAGAAAAAAGAGGCCGAGUUAGAGCAAUUAAGGAACGGGAAUGCAAGACGUGCAAUUUCACCCGUUCACAUGCCAAAAUUUAAUCUUACAAACAGUUUGCGGCAAGAUAAUAAUAAUCAGAGCUAUGUUGAUGACAAUAAGCUUCCCGAGCAGGUUAGAAGUUGUUCAUCAGGUAAGCAAAGGAGGGCCCGUUUCCCCUCGAAGUUCACCGACAAAGAUUAUAUUCCCAAAAUGCCCCUUCUAGCCGAAGAAAGAUCCCCAUCUCCUCCCUUGAGAAGAUCGAUAUCCACCGAUAGAGGGGCCCGCAUAAAAACCAAGAUUAAGCCCGACACAACUGUUAAUCCUCCAAUCACAAAAACACAAUAUCCUACACGCGCUUUCAUCAACCGAUCUCUAGCCACAUUACCGAUUUUACCCUCCACUGAUACUAAAAGAGAUAACUUUUCUGAGGCGUUACUUAAUCUUCCUAGAAUUAAUUCUAGGAAAGCUAAUCAUCAAGAGCAAGAAGACGAGCAAUUUAAGCAAAUGCUUAAGGUCAAGAAUAAUCAGGUCAAAGCGAAAGGUCAACACCAUGUUAAGCAGAUAGUGUUUUCUGAUAUGGAUGUUGGUCAAACUGUUGAAGAAGGUCAAAGAAGCGAUUUUUCAGAGCCGGAAAAUGAGCAUGGUUCGACUAGGUUGCAUGUUCCAGUUGGGGCUAAAAAGCUUCAACGAAGCUCAUCGAGAAACUUGCAUAAUGUGGAAGUCAGGGAAACCGGAAGAAGUGAAAAUAAAUCCUCAAAUGGUGCUAAUAAGAAUGGAAAUGAAGGCAGCAACGCCUCGGUUCCUAAAUUUAUGAGGAGCCGUUCUACGCCUCGAGGAAAAUCCGUGGUUCAACCUUGAUCUAUCAAACGCGCGGUAUACACUUGUUUAUUUUUACAUUCAUUUUCGUUAUUGUUUUUAGUUUUUUGUAUAGCAUAGUGCUUGAUUUUUUUGGCCAACCACCGCGGAUUCCGCCACGAGAAGAUUUGGAGCAUGGGAAUCUCUCUAAUUGUUUGUUUUAUGAAACACAUUAAAUAUUUAAUUGAUUUCUCUAUAUUAUUACACAAGUCCAGCUUAA